AUGCCAAAACUUAAGCGUCGUCAAUCGAUUGAGCAAUAUUCAGCUGAUGAUAGUUUCGAUGAUGAAAUUUCAAAUUCAGGAUCGAGUGGUAAGAGUCCGCCGCAGCAGCGCAACGCAGCGAACGCCCGCGAAAGGGCUCGAAUGAGGGUGCUGUCGCGCGCCUUCUGCCGCCUGAAGACGACGCUGCCCUGGGUGCCCGCCGACACCAAGCUGUCCAAGCUGGACACGCUCAGGCUGGCCACCAGCUACAUCGCCCACCUGAGGAACGCCCUCAAGGAGGACAGGGCGCUCGACGGAUUCACGGAAGGGAUCAACAGUACGGCGGACGGGGCGGUGCACCCGAUCACACUGGCCUCAAGACCAUUAAAUGAAAACUAA